AUGGAAUUUUGGGUAGUGCAUUUCUGCUCUAAGAUAUGUGGAAGGGACAAUUUUUCAAUUGAAAGGGUCAUAUUCUUCUCAUGGCCUGCUGGAGCAUGUAGUGAUGUUCUGGCCCGGCUUCAAGCCCCGGGCCAGCCAAAGCCGGGCCAGAUUGAGCCAGGCCAAGCCCAGGCCCAGUUCUUGCUUCCUAGUCCAUCAUACUGUAGGGUAUGUCAGAAUGACACAUCCUACUUUGUGCUGCAGCUUCGUGAGCUUGAUGGAUUCUUGAACAAGUUUCAGUCGUUUAUAAAUGGCACAGUUCUCACCGAUGGUGAAGAUGAGCCACGUGUUGUGCGUCCCAUAUGCAAAAUCAAACCCACUGCUGCCCUCCUUCAACACUCAGAGAAAGUGGCUCUUCCCUCCCAAACAAAAGCUAUCAAUGAUUUCCGUGCAGCUGAGGCCGCCAAGUCAAUCUAUUCAGAAAAGAUUGGGUCAAGAGUUUCAAAGUCUUUGGAGAAGAUCUUGAAUGUAGUAUUUAUGGAGGUGGUAGGAAGUAGCCAGAGUGUUUAG